AUGGUUGAAAAUACAAAUCGAUCAUAUUAUAUAACUUUAAAUGAAAACAUUGUCGAAAAUAACAAUAGUAGCUUUAUUCAUAUUGUUGCUGAUAACAAUGAUCAAGCAUCGGAUAUCAAUAAUGAACAAGCAACAAAUAUCAUAAUCGAAACAAGUGAUUCAAUUGAUCAACAGCAGAAUAAUUUUGAAUCUAUCGAAGAUACAUCAGAUGUCUCAUGUAAUAUUUCAAAUACUUCAUCUACACCACAAAUACAACAUUUGAUUAUUCAAUAUUUUUCUUCGGAAGGAAAUUCGUUUCAAGCAAUCGAAGCUCUUAAUGAAAAUUUUUUAAAUUUUCGAAUACGUUCUAAAAUAAUUUACAAAUCUCCAAUACGAUUUUUCGGUACAUCUGGCAAAGUAUUUGAUGCAAUUGUUUGUGACUUUACUGGUGAAAUAAAAAUAGUAGCAUUCAACGAAGAUGUCGAUCGUUUAUAUAACAACAUGAUAGUCCAUCAAGUAAUUAAUAAAAAUGAAGUUUGA